AUUAAACAAAGCAUGCAAGUUUGUCGUUGCUCGGCGGGCAUCGCUUGUCGGUUUUAAUGUUGGGAGUGCGGCCAGCAUUUGUUAGAACCACAGGCGUGAAAAACGGUCGAUCGGAAGGGACGGCCCGGACGUGCGCCUGAGUGAAUAAAAUUACGAGUAAUAUAUAUUAAGGGAAUCAAAAGUGCAGAGAAACAGCGGUAGAAUGCACCCAGAGCUGUUGCAUAAAUUUCGUUAGUGAUUCUAACUAUUUGUUGGUGCUUGUUCAUUCGUGUGGGUGUCGAUGUCGGUGUAUGUGCCUGUAUAUUAGUUUAGUGUUAUUUAUAUUCCUAAUUACAAACGUCGCCGUUCUCGCGCUGUGUUGUCGCAUUAAAAACUUUAGUCUGUUGUUGGCAGGCGCCGCUCUUAGUCGCUUACAUUAAAAACGGGCAAGAGGCAGAGAGAAAGGCGAGAAACGUGCCGCUGCUUACGUGCCACAAGACACAGCACACCUUGAAGUGUUGUCUGUCGGAAACGCGCUUCGCUUCCUAUAUAUUUUCCCCUCAAAACGGAACGGAACUUCUUUCCGAGUAGUGUCAAGGCUUAACAAACGAAAUACACACAUCACGUGUCGGACGCUCGGCCCCCAGUUUUGUAGCCAACGAUCACGCGCGAGCAACUCUCUCCGAAACAAGCAGUCUCUGGCGCUCUUUUUCUCCGAAGCAAGCAGUCUCUGGCGCUCUUUUUCUCCGAAGCAAGCAUGUUCUCACUGCAGCAAAUAAUCAAAGCAGCGACCGCCAAUAGCGGCAACUGCGGCGUGGGUGGCAGCGAUCUCUACAGGCUGCUCAGGCAUCGCCUGACGUCAUCAGCAGCAACUACAGCAAUAACCACAACCACAACUACAAAUACAGCAAUACCAAAGAAAUCUAGUCAAGCAACAGCGGUGUCGAGCGACGAAAACUUCAGCCACAACGCCAUUCGCUCGUCCCAUUCGAACCCCAACGGUUGUUGUUACGGAGAGUCAGAUUCGGAGUCGGCGCACAGCGUGAACGGAAACUUGUCAACGCAAUUCGCCCGAAAGCUGCUGCAGCAACGCAGACAGGACAUCCAGCGCCUCAUACACACCCAGCCACCCAGUGGACACGGAACCAAAUCCUCCCAGCAACAGAAUCAGCAACAGACGACCACAAAGUUCGCCAUGUCCUCGCUAGCAGCGGAGCCCCUGCCCCAGGCCCACAAACCGGAUGAAAUCACAGCAGCCGCCAGCACCAGUGAUGUGGCAGCGUCCGGCACCACUCCCAGCAAUGGCCUGGGCGCCUCGUGCCAGGAGGCUGCCUCCAGCACGGGCAAGAAGCCCUGCUUCAGCACUGGUCUCGCCGAGAUUCUGCAGUUCAUGGAGCUCAUCGGAAAUCUAAAGCACACCAAACGCACUGGAUGGGUGCUGCGUGAUGUCAACGACUGUGAAUCGAUAUCGGGUCACAUGUAUCGGAUGAGCAUGCUCACAUUUCUGCUAGAUGGCAGCGAGGGACUCAACCAGAUACGGUGCAUGGAACUGGCUCUGGUGCACGACCUGGCGGAGAGUCUAGUGGGGGAUAUAACCCCAUUCUGUGGUGUGUCCAAGGAGGAAAAGAGGGCCAUGGAGUUCAAGGCUAUGGAGGAUAUAUGCAAACUGAUCGAACCCCGCGGCAAGCGCAUAAUGGAGCUCUUCGAGGAGUACGAACAUGCAGAAAGCGCUGAGAGCAGGUUCGUCAAGGAUCUGGAUCGGCUGGACAUGGUGAUGCAGGCGUUCGAGUACGAGAAACGCGACAAUUGUCUGCUGAAGCAUCAGGAGUUCUUCGACUCGACGGAGGGAAAGUUCAAUCAUCCGUUUGUUAAGAAGCUGGUAAACGAGAUCUACGAGCAGAGGAAUGUACUGGCCAAGGCAAAGGGCGCCACACCGCCGCCGGCCAUUGAAGUGCCCAAAAUGGAGUUGCCCCCUCCCAAACUGGCCAACGGGCACAACAGCUCAAGUUGAGCAUAGCAUUACUUCUAAACAAAACAGUCUUAGGCUAGCGCAUUAACACAUCCUCACACAAAACACAACAUGCUCUUAGUUUGUAAGCCAAAAAAAACCCCAAAACUAACAAACUAUUAAGCCUACCUCGACACGCUCUAACAAUUAUCACACGUAAUUUAUUGCCACAAAACCCCCAAAAAAAUAGCAGAAAGAAAGGAUGGAAAGGGACUAACUAGACGACCAUCGUUCAUUUUAGACAGACACUUGUUAACCAUUAAUGAAUUCUCCCAUAGUUAAAUUUUCUUUAUGUUAAGCGUAAAGUUUGCAAUUCGAGUCUUAGCUAAAUAUUCAAUUGAUCUUUGAUUAAGGAACCAAACCAAUUGUACAUAACUAAAGCGAACUGUAGUUAAUUUUAAAUGUGUGAUGACGAGAUGAUAAACCUAUAUAGAGGACCUAGAACAAUUUUAUUUAGCCAGCAAAUCAAAAAUUAAUCAAUACGCGUACGAUUAUGCGUAUGCACCCAAAAAGAGCAGCAUCAAAAGAGUUGAUUUUAUGCCAAGGUCCCAUUAGCAACACAUUCGUGACACUGGUUUCUGCAUUGAACAAUACAAUAUUCCUUUGAAAAAUUGUAUUACAUCUACUAUAUAUAGAAUAGGAAUUUUCUAUCUAUAUUCAUCUAAAACGCAAAAAUUUAACGUAAUUUUCAAGCACUUUCAAUCUUUUUUUUCCACUUCGAAUCGGAAUUCUUUUGGAAACAUUCGUGUUGAAUGGUUCGUUCGCUUAUGGGAAAUUUUUGCAAGGAAUCAAUGUCUUUCGCAUCAUUCUACGAAUGUGCCGCAGGGGAACUGCGGGGUAUUCAUUUAAUUCUUUGAUUGUCCAAUGUCUCACACCUGCAUUACUUUAUCCCGGAAUCGGUCUAUGUACUAGUUCUAUGUAACCGAAAUUAUAUUUAAUAAUUAAUAUGAAAUUGUGAAUUAGGAUAUAUAUAAAUGAUGCAGUCACGCCUCAAAAGUGGCUAAAAGACAAA